AUGGCCACUCAAUCAGGCAUCACCAUCGACGGUCCCAACAAGCCUUACACCGUCGUCAGCGACAUCCCCCGCCCAAGCCCAGGCCCUUACCAAGUCUUGGUCAAGUGCCUUGGUGUUGGAAUCAAUCCUGUCGAGGCUUUGCAACAGCACUCUGGCCUGCUCAUAAAUGAGUGGCCAGCCAUCAUCGGUAGCGACUGUGCAGCCGUUGUCAUCGCCGUGGGUCCACAUUGCACGAAGCUGAGCGUUGGCGAUUAUGUCUAUGGCUGCGCGCCCCUUGGCCAGAAUCGGUUCACCCCAUUCCAGGACACGUUCUUGGUGGAGGAAAGGGUCUUUCUAAAGAAGUCGUCCAAUCUGUCCAUCGAGGAGAGCUGCACCAUCGGUGUAGGAAUUUUGACAGCGGGACUCUGUCUCUUGGGUGGUGCAGAGCUAAAGCUAUCCGAAGAUGGAACCAAAGCUCCCGAGAAAGAUGAGUGGAUCGUCGUUCUAGGCGGCACUGGGAGUGUUGGCCAAUUCGCCGUUCAGAUCGCCCAUGCUUGCGGAUACAAGGUGCUCGCGUCGUGCUCCCCAUCUAAGGCAUCGAUUGCGAUGGCAAAUGGCGCGACGGCCACAUUGAAUAAUCGAGGCUCAGUCGAGGAACAACUCACCGAGAUCAAGAGUAUCACCAGCGGGAACUUUGCUCGGAUUAUUGAUUCAACAGCCUACGGGUACGAGAUUAUGGUCAAGGCUUUGGAGACUUGCUCCAAGGCGACUACCAAAUUUCUGACGACUGUUGAUGACUGGUCCGAGUUCAAAACCCCGCCUACUAUUAACGAGUACCGGGCUGAGCUCGGUCAUCUUUGCCGUCUUGAUGAGGCUCUUGGAAUCCAGGUGACGAACGACAUUACGAGCUGGAUUCCGACUUUGGAAACUCAUCUUGCGGUCGGCACACUAAAGCCGAUCCAGUACCAAGUCGCUGAUGGCAUGGGAUGGGAGUCGGUCAUACAGGGCAUCCAGGAUCUAGAGAAUGGGAAGGCUCAGAAGAAGAUUAUUGUGAGGGUGCAGAAAGAGUAA